AUGCCUGGAGAGCUUCUUCGCCCCGCUGCCGGCGACGCGCCGCAGCCUGCUGCACAGGUCCCGCGGACGAAGCGCACCUCACCCACCAAGUCGUCCGACCUGUACCUGAUCCAAGAUAGCGACGUCAUCUACGAGCAGGAACUCAUCCGCAGCCCGGGCAGCAUCAAGCCGUGGCUCGACUACGCUGCCUUCAAGCGCCAGAAUGGCUCCCUGCUCGAGCAAGCCUUCGUGCUAGAGCGCGCCUGCACCACGCUGCCGCGUUCCUACAAGCUGUGGAAGAUGUACCUAGACCUGCGUGUCCAGCACAUCAAGGGCAAGAACCCGGCCAAGUACCAGGCCCACUACGUCAAGACCAAUGCUCUCUUCGAGCGCGCACUGGUGCUGCUGAACAAAAUGCCGCGCAUCUGGGAAAUGUACUUGGAAUUUUUGAUGCAGCAGCCCCUCGUCACCACCACCCGCCGCACCUUCGACCGAGCCCUCCGCGCCCUGCCGCUCACUCAGCACAACCGCAUCUGGGCUCUGUAUCGCCCUUUUGCCAGCUCCGCCUCCGGUGAGACUGCUGUCAAGAUCUGGCGCCGCUACAUGCAAAUCCACCCGGAGCAUGCCGAAGACUUCAUCGCUCUCUUGAUCGACAUGCGCCAGUACACCGAGGCCGUCAAGAAGUACAUGGACAUUCUCAACAACCCCAAGUUCAAGAGCAAGGAGGCAAAGGGUCCAUUCCAGUUCUGGACGGAAAUGGUUGAGCUGCUCAUCGACCAUGCCAAAGAAAUUGAAACGGGAGACGACGUCGGCAUCGAUGUAGAGAAGAUCAUCCGGAGUGGAAUCGCCAAGUUUUCGGACCAGAGGGGCAUAUUGUGGGUCGGCCUGGCAAGGUACUGGAUCAACAAGGGCGACUACGAGCGUGCACGCGACAUCUUCGAGGAGGGAAUUACUACCGUCAUGACUGUUCGUGAUUUCUCCAUUGUCUUCGACACGUAUGCGGAAGCCGAGGAGGCCUUGAUUGGUAUCAAGAUGGAGGAGGCAGGUAAAAGACAAGAGAAGGGAAUUGUUGACGAGGAUCUCGAUUUGGACCUUGACAUCCGCAUGGCCCGCUUUGAGCAGCUCAUGGACCGCCGGCCUUUCCUUGUGAACGACGUGCUCCUCCGCCAGAAUCCGAACAACGUCAACGAGUGGGAGAAGCGUGUCGGUCUUUGGGGUGAUAACAAGACAGAGGUUGUCAAGACGUACGCUGAUGCCAUCGCAACCAUCAACCCGAAGAAGGCCGUCGGCAAGUUCCACGAGCUUUGGGCCAAUUACGCGAAGUUUUACGAGAAUGGUGGAGACAUGCAGAACGCCCGCAUCAUCAUGGAGAAGGCUGUCAAGGUGCCGUUCAAGUCAGUCAACGAGCUAGCCGAAAUGUGGUGCGAGUGGGCAGAGAUGGAGCUUAGGAACGAGAACUUCGACCGUGCGGUGGACAUCAUGGCCAAAGCGACCCAAGCACCGAAGAGAUCGACGGUCGACUACUUUGACGAGACGCUCUCGCCCCAGCAAAGAGUCCACAAGAGCUGGAAGCUGUGGAGUUUCUAUGUUGAUCUGGUGGAGAGCGUUAGCACCCUUGAGGAGACGAAGAAGGUCUACGAGCGCAUUUUCGAGCUGAAGAUUGCUACUCCUCAGACUGUCGUCAACUACGCAAACCUGCUGGAGGAAAACAAGUACUUCGAGGACUCGUUCAAGGUGUACGAGCGCGGUCUUGACCUGUUCAACUACCCGGUGGCUUUCGAGCUUUGGAACCUCUACCUUACCAAGGCUGUAGACCGCAAGGUCGGCAUGGAGAGACUACGUGACUUGUUCGAACAAGCUCUCGAGGACUGCCCGCCGAAAUUUGCCAAGGUAUUGUACUUGAUGUAUGGCGCAUUAGAGGAGGAAAGAGGGCUUGCCCGUCACGCGAUGCGCAUCUACGAACGUGCUACGCGCUUCGUCGCGGAUGAGGACAGGCUGGAGAUGUUUGAAUUCUACAUCACGAAGUCGGCAUCGAACUUUGGAUUGACUUCGACGCGUCCAAUUUACGAGCGUGCCAUCUCUGCGCUACCGGACAAGGAGGCCAAGGAAAUGUGUCUCAAAUUCGCGGAGAUGGAGAGGCGGCUUGGUGAGAUCGACCGCGCCAGAGCCAUCUACGGCCACGCCAGUCAGUUCUGCGACCCAAGGACAGAACCUGGAUUCUGGCAGAAAUGGGAGAGCUUCGAGGUGCAGCACGGCAACGAGGACACGUUCAAGGAAAUGCUUCGCAUCAAGAGAAGCGUGCAGGCACAGUUCAACACCGACGUCAACUUUAUCGCCUCUCAGGCGCUUGCUCGUGCUCAACAACCUAACGAUGCUGAUGGCGUUGAUCAAGACAAGGUGGAUGCUAUGGCUGCUCUCGAACGCCAAGCCAGAGCACCCGAAGGCUUCGUCGCCGCCAGCAACGGAGUCGAAGGCGGCAACAGACCAACGGCACAGGCCGAAGAAGCUGUUGCAGCAAACCCGGAUGCGCUAGAUAUUGACGACGAUCUGUAA